UUACGGUUAGUUGCACGUAGGGUGGCACUACCUGAGCUCGAUUGAAUGGAUUGGAGAAGCUAUAGAAAGGUUUCUGAGCGAGUGCCAUGCCUUCUUUCACGGCGUGCAACUUCAUUUACUUUCUAAAUCAUUUUCGUUUCCACAGCUGUAAGCAUGGGCGGCGCGCAAGCCCUCUCAGCCAACGAGAAAGGCGAUAACAGUGUCAAAUAUCAAAGGAUCCAAGUCCAGCCAGAAAACCCAUAUGCGGCCCUCAUACCAGACCAAACCAUCGCAGUUAUCCCUCACGUUAUCCUCGAAUCAGGCGCCACCUUGAAAAAUGUUCCAAUUGCGUACAAGACCUACGGAAAGCUCUCACCAGAGGCAGACAAUGCUAUGGUCAUAUGUCAUGCCUUGACAGGCAGCGCUGAUGUUGGCGAUUGGUGGGGACCUCUUCUUGGGGGCCCUGGAAAAGCCUUUGAUACUUCGAGGUUUUUCGUGGUGUGCCUCAACAGUUUGGGCAGUCCAUACGGAAGCGCCAGCCCUGUCACAAGUCGGGAUGGGGACGUCGCGAAAGGACUUUACGGUCCUGACUUUCCUCUGACGACUGUCCGAGACGAUGUAAACAUAUUCCGACUUAUUCUCGAUGAUCUUGGAGUGAAGCAGGUAGCUGCAGUGAUAGGCGGUUCCAUGGGAGGUAUGCUUGUGCUCGAGUUCGCAUUUUUUGGCAAAGAGUACGUAAAGACCAUAAUACCGAUCGCGACGUCAGCAAGGUAUAGCGCCUGGGGUAUCAGCUGGGGUGAAGCACAGAGACAAAGUAUCUACAGUGAUCCAAAGUAUGAUGAUGGUUAUUAUACUUUUGAGAACCCUCCCUCUACAGGUCUUGGUGCAGCAAGAAUGUCAGCUCUUUUGACAUACCGCAGUCGUGACUCUUUUGAAUCGAGGUUCGGCCGUAACACGCCGGACCCUACCAGGAGUCAAAACAUUAACGGACAGUCGCGCCCCUUGACACCUGGCGGAGAGCACUUUGCCAUACACAAUGAUGGUCAUAAGUAUGCAGGGUCACCGCGCGGCUCUAGAACAAACAGUUCCGCCAGCAUUCAGAAUCAACCUUCCCAAGGGGCAACAAACAGCGAUUUGGAGUUUUCUUCAAGGCACCAAAAGCAGCAAGCUUCACAAUCCACGCCGGCACGGACAUACUUCUCUGCCCAGUCGUAUCUGAGAUACCAAGGUGAGAAGUUCAUCAAGCGAUUCGAUGCGAACUGUUAUAUUGCAAUAACACGCAAGCUGGACACACACGACAUAUCGAGAAACCGCACGAUAUCGUCGGGGGACUGUGAGUCCGACCCAGUGCAGGGUCUUCGCUCCGCUCUAGCACUCAUACAGCAACCAUGCCUGGUCUUGGGCAUUGAAUCCGAUGGCCUCUUCACGUUCGCAGAGCAACAGGAGCUAGCGGCAUGUAUUCCAAACGCUUCUCUCAAGACGAUAGAAAGUCCUGACGGACAUGAUGCGUUUCUUCUCGAGUUUGAGCAGGUGAACAAGCAUCUACUUUCUUUCUUGAACGAAACAAUACCGGCGAUUAUGCAGAGAACACCAGUAGAGGAUACCACAGGAGCUCAAACCAAUGGAGAGUUCAAUAUUACAAAAAGCAGUACUUUCGGCGAAGCUGAAACAGACGAUAUAACAGCCUGGUGAUGAGAACAAAGAUUCUGGGCCAUUCAAAGCCCUCCACUCUUGGGUCUUGCGAUCUUUGCAUCAUAGCACCACUGUUAGGGACUUGUUUCCGAUACCAAUACAAUUUGAGGGUCCACAUUCGGA